UAAGGAGCCGGACCGGGUUAGCCGACGGCCUUCAGACGCUAAUUUAGAGCUAACACAACCCAGCGAAAGUCAGAUUAACCUCCUUUGUGUCGCAGUCGGGUCCGCUUUUAGUCCGCAUGUUGUCCCGCAAACAGAAGCGGGUGUGGAAAUACGUGGAGGAGGGCGGCCUGCUGAAGCUGAAGUCGUAUCUGCGGAAGCACCGGGACCUGGACGUGAACUUCUCCCAGGGCAAGAGGGAGAGGAGCCCGCUGCACUUGGCCUGCAGCCUGGGAGACGACGCUGCGGUCCGGCUUCUGCUCAAGCACGGAGCCGAUGUCCUCCAGAAGGACCGCAAAGGAGACACGGCGUUACACAUCGCGGUCAACAGGGCUCUGAAACACGGGAAAGCAGCGUUUGAUGACCUGGUUGUGCCGCUCAAAGAGAGCUGCCCCGGAGCCCUGAAUGAGCCAAACAGCGCCGGAGUCACACCUCAAGAUCUCCUGGACUGGAGGAAACAGAAAACGACUGCUGAAAACAUGAGCCGCCCAUCUGAAAAGGACCCUGAGAAGGAGUGGAUGGAAAAGCUGUUUGGUGAAUGCGAGGACGAAUUCUGUGAAACCUUCGGAGUAUAUGAUGCUGAUGAUUUUCUUCCUGUAGACGAUGACGAGGAAGACUUCGGGGACUGGUCUGACCGUAUUCGAAAAGAAUAUUUUGAUAAAAAGCACGCCGAAGCUCAAAGACUGGCAGCGUCGUCCUCUGGAUGGAAAAAGAAGAAGAAGAAGAGCGAACAAGAGAGCGAGCAGGAAGCGCAAAGCCAGAAGGAGCUGCACGAGAGGCUGCAGAGGGAGCACGAAGAGUAUCUGGCGCGAGGAGCACGUAAAGAGGAAGAGGCUCGGCUGGGUAAGAAGCGCAGUUACGACGAGCGGUGCGCUGCAACCUUUAGUGGCGGCUCUUCAUCUGGCGUCACAAAGCUGAGCUACAGCGAUAUCCCCUGGCCAGCUCCUCGAGGUACAGUACCGGAGAUGCUGGAUGUGAUGCUGCACGGCGUGGACAGGAAGGACGUGCCGGUGUUCCGUAAAAUGCUCCUGAAGCAGCAAACGCUGUGGCAUCCUGACAAAUUUGCUCAGCGGUGUGAAGCUCGAUUAGAGGAGGAGGACAAGCAACGGAUCCUGGACACGGUUACAGCACUGUCGCAGGAGCUCAACAGGCUGGCCCACAGUCUAAAAUCUAGCAAAUAGUAUCAUUUACUACUAUGUGCUUUUCUGGAAACAAACUGAAUUCUACACAAAAUGUGUUCCAUGAAUGCAAAAAUCCAGCAAACUGUUUAGCAACGUUUAUACGUCCUUCAGGUGAAAUUCAUUCAGACAGACGCCGCACCAGGAUGUACAUUUUAACGUAACCCAGGGAGAAAAAAAAAACACUUAGCAUUUAUACAAAUCAAGGACAAGAUAUCAGGUGGUUUCAGGUUUCACAAACGCACCUAUAAGCUGCCCAGGGAGCAGUUGAGGAUUAAGGGCCUUGCUCAAGCGUACACACGGAUGGUAAUAAUGCGCGGAUCCAUCCUGCUGGUCUUCUUUGUCCUUGAGGGCCACCACUGACCUUGAAGUAGUGUUUCUAAUAUGUGGAGGAAAAUGAAAGUCACUUGAUAUAAAAACCUCUGCUGUUAUUGUGAAAGUUUGCAUUUUUUUUCCUGAAAUAUGACUGUGUACUUGCAGGAUUUAAAAAGUUUGCACCCACAGAGAAUGACUCCAGCUAAAUGCCUGAUUUUAAAGAAAAUAAAAUGAAUGCGUUUUGAAACCCUCAGUAGGGUUUGUGUUGAGUCA